UAAGUCCCAGUCUGCUUAUUCACCAGGGCCCCUGAUGGUGGGGAUGGACUUGGAGCAGACAGGAACCAGGUCGCGGCCCCUGAGUACACCUGCUAGUGGUAGAGGGAUCCGCCAGAGGCUCCCGCAGGGUAAGAGUCUGAUAUGAGGAGGUCGGGCGAUCCCGACAGGAUGGAUAGAUGAGCAAAUGCAGGGUCAAACAAGCCGAGUCGGGAGCCAUGGGGUCGGUGCGGUACAAAGCAGCUGGCAGAGAAUAGUCGGGUCACACGCCAGGUCAGCAACAGUAGAUCAGAUCCAACAGGGGGCA